AUGCCUGCCGAAGUUCACGGCAUCAAGUCCAGCGAUGUCCACGCCAAGAUCCAAUUGUUGAUUGAUGGCAUGGUCAACAUCAAGGACGAGACAGGAGAGUUCUUGUUAACAUUGGCUGAUGGCCGAGUCAUUGACACAAAGGGGUGGAACGACUGGGAAUGGACUCACGGAAUUGGCCUCAACGGCAUUUGGGCGUACUACAACCUGACUGGGGAUGAGAAGUACCUCAAGAUCAUUGAAGACUGGUUUGCGAACCGCUUCGCUGCAGGGGGUACCAGCAAGAACAUCAACACAAUGUCUGUGUUCCUGUCAUUGGCUCACGUCUACGAGAAGACGGGCAAUCAGACCUACCUGCCGUGGCUAGACGGCUGGGCCGAAUGGGCCAUGCACGAUCUCGAGAGAACCAAGUACGGUGGUAUGCAGCACAUCACCUAUGUAGAUAUCAACGAGGAGCAAUUGUGGGACGAUACUCUCAUGAUGACCGUGGUGCCUCUGGCAAAGAUCGGCAAGCUGCUCAACCGGCCACACUACAUCGAAGAGGCGAAGAGGCAGUUUCUGUUACACAUCAAGUAUCUGUUUGAUAACAAGACCGGCCUCUUCUUCCACGGCUGGUGCUUCAAGGACGGCGGUCACAACUUUGCGAACGCGCGGUGGGCAAGAGGCAACGCGUGGAUCACCAUCGUCAUUCCGGAGUUCCUCGAGCUGCUGAAUCUGUCGCCGGACGACGCAUUCCAUGUCCACCUCGUGGACACGUUAAAGGCACAAGUCGAGGGCCUGGUCCCGCUGCAGGCCGAGUCGGGCCUGUGGCGGACGGUCCUAGAUAAGCCCGAGUCGGAAGGCUCAUAUCAAGAAGCUAGCGCUGCGGCCGGUUUCGCCUUUGGUAUGCUCAAGGGCCUGCGGAAACGGUAUCUUGGCAAGGAGUAUGAGCAGGUCGCGAUCAAAGCCGUCAAGGCCAUUCUCGAGAACGUCGACAAGGAUGGCGAGCUCCUGCAGACCAGCUUCGGAACGGGUAUGGGUCAUGACCUACAGCACUACUACGACAUUCCCAUCACCAGUAUGCCUUAUGGCCAGGCCAUGGCCAUUAUAGCCUUGGUCGAGUUCCUUCAUGUUUUUAUCUAG